GAAUAGUUUGAAAAAAAAUCUAGGCCACACCUUUUGUUAGCUGCUUGAUUGGCCAAUCAAACUCUCUUAGUCUCCUGCUUAUAAUAACAAUAGAGGGGCAGGUUCAGGGCAAGUUUAACAUUUUUCAUGUGUUUUUUGGUCUUGGUUUCCUAAAGUUGUGUAGCUUUGCUAUGGCUGCUUUUCAGGUAUCAGAUGAAAUUUUGGCGUCUGUGGUGCCCAAUAUCGUGUAUUGGGUUUAUUCAUGGAUGUACAUUGCUUUAGGGUCUUGUGACAAUUAUAGAUUGCAUCCCAAGGAGGACGUGGAUGAGAAGAAUUUGGUGACCAAAGAGGCUGUCAUCAAAAACGUCCUUUGGCAACAAUUACGCCAGGUCAUCGCAUACCUCCUUUUGUAUAAGGUGACCAGAAAAGAUGACGAUUCCAUAGGGCAACCAUCUUCUUUUAUUGUUAUAGCUACACAAUUUGUCGUAGCUAUGGUGGUUUUGGAUACUUAUCAAUAUUUUCUUCAUAGACUUGUGCACCAAAACAAGUUUUUAUAUAAACACCUCCACUCCCAGCAUCAUCGGCUUGUUAUUCCUUACACAUACGGUGCUAUCUAUAAUCAUCCAAUCGAAGGAUUUUUCUUUGACAUAGUUGGUGGGAUCUUAGCCUACGUCGUCUCUGGCAUGUCCCCUCGAACUGCUAUCUUUUUCUACUGUUUUGCCACCAUAAAAAACGUGGAUGACCAUUGCGGGGUGUUGCUUCCUGGGAACCCUAUGCAGUUGCUUAAAAACAGUACUGCAUUUCAUGAUUUCCACCAUCAACAUUGUGGUGGAAAAUACAAUUUCUCUCAACCAUUCUUCGUCUUUUGGGAUAAAAUUUUGGGAACGUACAUGCCUCUUUCACUUGAGAAGAAAGCAGAAGGGGGCUUCGAAGCACGACCAGCUAAAGACAGCAAGGAGUAGUUAAUUACUGUCACUACUAUAUAAAUGGCGUGAAUAAGUGUGAUACUUAUGUUACUUUCGCUUGGGGUUUGGUUCUGUUUGAAUAAGUUUAUGUAUUAUAGUUUGUGGCUUGUGUUGUGGCCUAUGUAUUAUAGUUGUGGCUAGUGU